AUGCGGACGCAAGGCUCGGAGAUCCAGGUGGAAGUCAGGCAGGAUGUGGUUCAGGAGCUGCGGGGCUUGAAUGUUUGCCUGCUGCAGGGUGUGGGGCCCAGCCAAGCGGACCCCUGGGCCCUGGCAGACUCUGUGCGGCAGAGUCCCACAGGCCGGCCACACAGGACUCCUCGGGGUGCACUGCACCGCACCAAGGGAUGCUGGGAUGGGCUUCCGCAGAACAGCCAGAAGUGGAGCGGACUAGAGAUCAUUGCUCAGCAACAGAAGGAGCCAUGUGGGCUUCCGACCUCCAAACUGACCCACAAGGGCGAGGUGGAGAUUCUGCGGGACACAGACCAGAUGCUGACCCCGGAAGACCUGGGACCUGCGGUGUCCGGAGACUGCAGCCUGCAGGCCCUGCCUGCCCUGCUGGGGGACAUCACAGGACAGCAUGAUCACUACUUCCUGGACCCCGACUGCCACAUUUGUGCAGAGUCUCUGAGUGAGCUGCCAGGCUUCUCCAGAGCCUCCAGGAGCAGCAGGGUCAGUGUCUCCCAGAGAGCCCCAAGCCCAGCUCCUGUGCCUUCUCCAGAGAUGCCCAGAGCCAGGGAGACACGGCCCACGGAACCCCAGAAUAGGUACCAGACGUCUGCUGGGCCCACAAAGGCUCUGCCCACCCCACCUCCCUGGGAGGGGGCACUUGACAUGUUCUCCAUCAAGCGGUUCCGGGCCAAGGCUCAGCUGGUCUCGGGACACAGCUGUCGGCUCAUCCAGGCUCUGCCCGAGGUGAUUCGCUCAGCGGGCUGCAUCCCCCCUAACACUGUCUGGGACCUUCUGACCAGCAUUUCUCCAGCUGAGGCCAAGGACGUCUCCGUGGUCAGACUGUGUCCCCUGGGCACUCGGGAUACCCAGAACUGCCGCUUGCUCUACUCCUACCUCAACAACAAGCAGUGCCAUGUACUGACCUCCGUGCAGCAUGUGGGGGUGGUCCUGCUGCCCCUGCCCGCCUUCCAGCCGCUGCCCGCCAGACUGCGCCUUCUGGGCGGUCCAGGUCUGGAAAUCACACACUCGAGCCUGCUGCUGGCUGUGCUACUCCCCAAAGAAGGGCUUCAAAACACAGCCGUGUCUAGCACAGUGUCGGGGAAGGUUCGAAAGAGAGUGUCCUUCAAGGAGAAAGUGGAGAUCAGAUUCUACCAGCCAGAGGACAGGAAGCCAGAUGUGGCCCUAAAAGGCCCUCUUCCCCCAGAGGGUGCCCUGCAGCAGAGCCAGGACAAAGACAGCCUAUCUCGAAGACAGCCUACCUCCUUUCCCCCCAGAGGCCGGGGGAAACCAUGGGCAGAGGCUAAAACCUGGCAGUGUCAUGGCCGAGGGAAACAGUCCCCAAAACCAGGCUGCCAGCCCCAACAUCCCCAUUUAGCAGUGCCAGCUGCCAACAGCUUUGGUUACGGCCAGCAUAUCCACAGGGCCUCUUGCCCCUACCAAGUCCUAGUCCAGAACCUCAAGUCCCUGGUGACCAUUAGUCACCAACUCCAAGCUUCACUGAGCCCCUCAGGCCAGGAUCCCCCUCUCCCACCCCCUUCUGCAUUUCCUCAGCUCCCUUCAGCCCCAGAGACUUACUGCGGGUGCUGCCGGCCCCCCACAGCUCCAGAGAUCCCUGGCUCAGCCCCUCCCCCCUCCUUAGGCCCUACAGUUGGCGCUAAGUGUUUCUUUCCUAAAAAGGACUGACCCUGGUUACCCAUUA